ACUUCGACUUCAACAAUCAUGUCUACGUCUUCUUCACACGAAAAAAGUUUUGGUGAAAGGGUAUCCGAAAAGGUUCUUAGUUUGUAUAAUUCUCUUCCCAAAAAGGGAAAACCUCAAGGCCGUGAAGUCACCGUUUUAGCCGCUUUUCUUCUCUCUUCUCCUACCAAUGUAUUUACAGAUUUGGAAGUUGUUGCAUUGGGGACAGGAACAAAGUGUAUUGGACGCUCUCGUUUACGUUCCUGUGGUGAUGUUGUUCAUGAUUCCCAUGCUGAAGUUAUAGCUCGAAGAGCUUUGAUGAGGUUCUUCUAUACACAGAUUCAGCAUCUUACUGAAAGUUGUAGUAAGCAUAUGCCUAGCAAUGAAUGCAAAUGGUUCAAAGUCAAUGAUGGCAACUUACAGUUUGAGCUGGAUUCUGAGUGCAUUAGUGAAAGAAAAUAUAACAUGAAGAGGGGUUGGAAAUUACAUAUGUACAUAUCACAGUUACCAUGUGGAGCUUCUUCAUUGAGUUCGGUUGACUCGCCUUUGGAGAUUGUGCCCUCAGGCGAAAGUGAUUCAUCUUCACCUCUAGAUAGUGGGUUAAAACAAAAGGGGACAGUCCAAAGGAAGCCGGGUCGUGGUGAUACUACUCUAUCAGUUAGUUGCUCCGACAAGAUAGCUCGUUGGAACACUGUCGGUGUUCAAGGAGCUUUGCUUUCCUAUUUUUUUCAACCUGUUUAUGUGUCUUCAAUUACGGUUGGUCUACCACUUAACAGUCCAGAGAAUUUCAACAUUGAAGAUAACUUGAAAAGAACUUUGUUAGAUCGAAUAUUAUCUUUGUCAAAUAAGCUAAUAGCCCCAUUUCGAGUGAACCAGCCGCUAUUUCAUGCUGCCCCACUACCACCAAAGGAAUUUCAACAAUCCGAUAGCGCUGCAGAGACUUUAACAUGCGGAUAUUCUAUAUGCUGGAAUAAGUAUGGCUUGCAUGAAGUCAUCCUUGGAACUACUGGAAGAAAGCAAGGCACCUCCGCAAAAGGAGCACUCUACCCUUCAACUGAGUCAUUGUUAUGCAAAAAGAGAAUGUUGGAGGCUUUCUUGUUAUUGAGCCAGAAACGCUUUGGAAAUUCUCCAGCCAAUGAGGUUACUUAUCGCAAUCUCAAGGAAGGAGCUGAAGAAUAUUGCUCAGCCUCAAAAAUUUUCAAAGGGAAACCAGCUUUUAGCAAUUGGUUCUUGAAACCCUCGGAUUGUGAGGCAUUUUCCAUCUUUCCAAACAAGUGAUUUGAUUCCCCCCCAUGUAAAGUCUAUAAUUGGUUGCCUUCUUUUGGUAGGAAAAUAUGCCAUGAGUUGCAAGCUUGAUAAUGCAGCUUUGUUAUUUUUGGUAAUAUAAUAUGAGAA